AUGAAAUCGCCGUACUAUUUUGCUGUGGAGCCCACUUUCACUGUUGGUUCGGGUGCCUACACGUUCAUGGCGUUUCAUCUCAGCGGCAGCGCUGUUCCACCCUCUCACCCUCCAAGAACAGUCAAGAAGAGCUGGAUUCAACCGAGCAAUAUUUUGGCGAGCUUGGCAGAUACUGCCAAGAAUCACUUUACCAGUGCCUAUCCCAAGGCUGCUGGCGAGGAUUGGAAUAUCAUCGUACAGGUAGUCCUCAACCUUAACAGAUACGCCAACAAGCUCCAUUCCUCCGGUAUCGUUUCAAACAUUCCAACCGCGAGGACCGUCGCCGACUUUGGACGUGGCUUCGGCCGGGCGCAGCCCCUUUUCAGCUUCAUUGACGUCGGCUCAGGCAAAUAG